AUGAUUUUCAAUACUGUUAUUGGUACCUUGUUGUUGCUUUUGAAUGUUUCAAUUGCUGCUGCAAAGUCUCCUUCACUUUUCGGUAAAAUUGAUGGAUUUCCAAGUGAGUACCUUGACGCUCAAAAGGAAGCUCAAGGGAAGCCAUCUAGAGUACUCAAUGGAAUAAAUUAUCAGUCCAGAAUCAAAGCUUCUCUUAUCCCAAUUAAAACCAAUAAGGAAUUCAAAGUAUUUGAUGCACCAUUAAAUAGAAACUUUGAAUUUUCUUUCGACCAAUUAGUCCCAGGGAGCGAAUAUCAAUUGCUUGUCAGUUCCUACGAUUUCAAAUUGAACCCAGAAAGAUUUAGAGUUAUCGUUGAUGAUGAAGGAGUUGUCCGUGCAUACCAGGAACUUUUGCACAAGGAGAGCUAUAACGUUACAUCUGAAAAGGUGGUUGGAUCUUCAACUACUCCGCUUCUGAUUAAAGUAGGCUCCGUUAAGGAAUAUUAUGAGGUGAAGCUGGGUUCCCUUUGGGACAUGGUUUUGAAUAGUCCAUUCGGUUUCAUCUUUGCCAACACCAUGUACACGAUUAUUUUCGGUGUGUGUUGUAGUAUUAUGGCUGCGCCUUACAUUUUGUCAUGGGUUGCACCAGACUUUGCCAGUGAAUUCGAAGAAGUGAGAACUGGGAAGCCAGUACCGCAACAGGGUGCACCACCUGCUGAAGCUAUCGGGUCUUCUGGAGGAAGUUCCACAGGAUCUACUGCCGGAAGAGCAAUUCAUAAUGCAAGACAAAGAAAAUAA